AUGGCUCGUUCUGUCUGCGAAGCUAUCUGCGCAAUCUCUCCUUCAACAUUUCAAUAUCUGAUUUGUGCUCAGACCCGAUGGUUUUUUGUGAGGUACGCUUCUUCAACUUCGUCCAAUGGGCAUUCUUUCACCGUUUCGUAUCUCAUUGACACCUGUGGCUUCUCACCUACACAAGCUGAUUCAACUUCUAAGCACGUCAGCUUAGAAACGCGGGAUAAGCCUGAUUUGGUUAUCAAUUUCCUUAAAAGUCAUGGAUUCUCUCGGCCCCAGAUUAUUCGUUUCAUUACAGAUGUCCCAUCGUUUCUUCGAUAUGAUCCUGAGAAAACCUUUCUGCCCAAGAUUGAAUUUUUCAAAUCCAGAGGCGUUUUGAGCUCAAACAUCCCUAGGAUCAUAUGUAGUUGUCCUAGAAUCAUGGCAAGAAGCUUAAGGAAGCAGCUCAUUCCUUCCUUUGACUUACUUCGAGAUGUGUUUCGAUCUGACGAGAAGCUCAUUAAAACUCUUCAAAAGUACUCGGGCAUUCUUAUUGACAGCAACACACUUGCCCGGCCUAAUAUGGAGCUAUUGCUAGAAGCAGGAGUUCCUCAAUCAAAUGUUAUCAAAUGUGUGCAGGAUUUUCCUAGGAUUUUUACUAGAAGACCUAACGAAUUCAAGGACAUUGUGGAAGAAGUUAAGGAAAUUGGGUUUGAUCAUUUGAAGUAUAAUUUUCUUGUUGCUGUUUUUGUAUACUUAGCGUUAGGAAAAUCCUUAUUCGCCAAAAAGGCUGAUGUUUAUAAGAAGUGGGGUUGGUCCGACAAUGACAUUCUCGUGGCAUUUAGAAAGUACCCCUUGUGUAUGAUCACGUCUGAGAAUAAGAUUGAUGCAGUAAUGGAGUUUCUUGUCCAUAAAAUGGGCUGUGAGUCAUCAACUAUUAGCGAAUAUCCUUCAGUUUUUGGAUUAAGUGUGAAAAGGCGAUUGAUACCAAGAGGUGCUGUCAUUCAAGCUCUGCUGUCAAAGGGUCUGAUGGAAAGGGAAACAUUGUUUGCAACAUUUAUAUACACUGAAAACUACUUUUUGGGGAAGUUUGUCCAUUGUCAUGUACAGGAAGCUACUGAAUUGUUAGAGUUGUAUCAGGCCAAACUGGAUCUUGCGGAGUGA